AUGUCUGUCAUUUUUAGUAGCAGUAUAAGUCAAUCUGGAGCUGGUAACAACUGGGCGAAAGGUCAUUAUACUGAAGGUGCUGAGCUGGUUGAUAAUGUGUUGGACGUUGUUAGGAAAGAGGCAGAAGGCUGUGACUGCCUUCAGUCAUAUAAACAGGAGAGAACUUUGAUUAAGGGAUUUCAAAUGACACAUUCCCUCGGAGGUGGUACUGGAUCUGGUAUGGGCACCUUGCUUAUCUCGAAAAUUCGUGAAGAGUAUCCGGAUCGAAUCAUGAACACAUUUUCUGUAGUGCCUAGUCCGAAAGUCUCAGACACUGCUCUUUAUGACAUCUGCUUCCGCACGCUGAAGCUCACGACUCCAACCUAUGGUGACCUUAAUCACCUUGUUUCGGCAACGAUGAGUGGGUUGAAUGCUGACCUACGUAAACUUGCCGUAAACAUGGUACCAUUUCCCCGUUUGCAUUUCUUCAUGCCUGGAUUCGCUCCUCUCACUUCUAGGAGCAACCAACAAGUUAGAUCAUUAGUAGAAUCAAGCUUGUCCAUAAUGUGGGAGGUUGACGAACAGAUGUUGAAUAUUCAGAACAAGAACUCUUCCUACUUUGUGGAUUGGAUUCCAAAUAAUGUCAAGACUGCCGUAUGUGAUAUUCCUCCACGAGGGCUGAAGAUGUCAGCCACAUUUAUUGGUAACUCUACCGCUAUUCAGGAUCCGUCUGCCUUAAUUAGCCUGCUAACCACCCUUUCUAGGAAGCAGCUGCCGACGAAGAAGUUGCCGAAGCAUUCGAAGCUGAGUAAAAUCAGAUGA